GCGUUUCCGCCUCAUUUGCGCCCGGAAGGUCACCGAGUCUGUGACGUCGGUUUUGCUUCCUCUGAGCCGACUAGCUUUUGCUCCGUACGACUUUUCUGAAAAGUCUCAUUACUCCUUAUUACACGUAUUAAACCGCGACGCGUUCAUUAUCCCCGCGCGAGCAAACAAAGCGCGCUGCUGGAAUUUAAGAGAAACGCAAACAAACGAGCUCGCGCGCGACGUCUGGAUUAAAAACCGGGAUUUCAACGUUCCUCCUCGCUUCCUGAUGGAUCGCACGUGUGUGAGCGUCUGAUCCAACGUUCGAUCUCAUGGCUUCUCUCUUGCCCUGACGUCUUGGUUUAGCCAGGAUCCAAAAUGAGCAUAAGCAGCGAUGAGGUCAACUUCCUGGUGUACAGAUAUCUACAGGAGUCGGGAUUCUCUCACUCAGCGUUCACGUUUGGCAUAGAGAGCCACAUCAGCCAGUCGAACAUCAACGGUGCGCUCGUCCCCCCUGCAGCGCUCAUCUCAAUCAUCCAGAAGGGCCUUCAGUACGUCGAGGCCGAGGUCAGCAUCAACGAGGAUGGCACGCUCUUCGACGGCCGCCCGAUCGAGUCUCUGUCCCUGAUCGACGCCGUGAUGCCUGAUGUGGUGCAGACGCGCCAGCAGGUGUAUCGUGACAAGCUGGCACAGCAGCAGCAGCAGCAGGCCGCACCGGGGACGGCGAGCGGCGCCAAGAACGGAGAGAGCGCUGCGAAUGGAGAGGAGAACGGAACGCACAUCUUAUCUAACCACCAUUCGGACAUGAUGGAGGUGGACCGGGCGGUGGAGAUCCCGGCCCAUAAGGCCAUGGUGCUGCGUGGACACGAGUCCGAGGUGUUCAUCUGCGCCUGGAAUCCGGUCAGCGACUUGCUCGCUUCAGGGUCCGGAGACUCGACGGCGAGGAUCUGGAACCUGAGCGAGUGCAGCACAGGAGGCUCCACCCAGCUGGUGCUGCGCCAUUGCAUCCGUGAAGGAGGCCAAGACGUGCCGAGCAACAAAGACGUCACCUCACUGGACUGGAAUAGUGAAGGUUCACUGCUAGCCACCGGCUCCUACGACGGUUUUGCCAGAAUAUGGACUAAAGAUGGGAACCUUGCCAGUACUUUAGGCCAACACAAGGGACCUAUAUUUGCUCUCAAGUGGAACAAGAAAGGCAACUUUAUCCUCAGCGCUGGUGUCGAUAAGACCACAAUUAUUUGGGAUGCACACACCGGAGAGGCCAAGCAGCAGUUUCCAUUCCACUCAGCUCCAGCUCUUGACGUGGACUGGCAGAGCAAUAACACCUUCGCUUCCUGCAGCACAGACAUGUGCAUCCAUGUGUGUAAACUAGGACAGGAUCGACCAGUCAAGACAUUCCAGGGUCACACGAACGAAGUGAACGCAAUUAAGUGGGAUCCGACCGGCAGCCUCCUGGCGUCCUGCUCAGACGAUAUGACGCUAAAGCUUUGGAGUAUGAAGCAGGACACGUGCGUUCACGACCUCCAGGCCCACAGCAAAGAGAUUUACACCAUCAAAUGGAGUCCCACCGGACCUGGAACCAACAACCCCAACGCCAAUCUCAUGCUGGCCAGCGCGUCAUUUGACUCCACGGUGCGACUGUGGGACGCCGAACGUGGCGUCUGCGUACACACGCUGACACGACACCAGGAGCCCGUCUACAGCGUCGCUUUCAGCCCAGACGGCCGCCACCUCGCCAGCGGCUCCUUCGAUAAAUGUGUGCACAUCUGGAACACGCAGAGUGGCGCCCUAGUAAACAGCUACAGAGGGACAGGUGGGAUCUUCGAGGUGUGUUGGAACUCCACCGGGGAUAAAGUCGGAGCUAGUGCGUCAGACGGAUCGGUUUGCGUAUUAGACUUGCGGAAAUGACUCUGCCAAGGGGACGCCGUGCAUCGACAAAGAAACGUGCACCUCGCCAAAUCCACAGACUCUCCACAUGAACUCUUAUAUAUUCCCAGACGGGAUACACGACUAAUAAAUCGCCCACGUCUCAACAACUUUUCUUUAUAUUCACUUCCCCUUUAUCCGCCAUUCCAAAAGUCGAUUCACUUCCUUGGUGACGUGUGAGCACCAGAAAGCGUCCUGAUAACACUGAACCUGAAGCGGUUUAAUUUUUUUUUUUUUGUGUGUGUGUGUAUAUAUUUUUUUUUUUUUAAACAUUGACAUCCUUAGAACUUGAUCUGUCUGGCAAAAGCCGUUAGGUCAGCGAUACCGAUUCAGCGUAAUGAACGGCUUAUCGAUUUAUACCAGCUAUGCAACGUUAUGGCUCGACAAACAAUCGUGCAGGAUGACCGUUUCGACUCUACGAUAUUUUAUACACAAGCUAUUAAAGGGUAGAGUACGACCUGCAGACAAAAUUACAAGCAACUUUUUCCCUAAGACGCUUAACGAAAUUAACGUCCGAGACGAUGUUUGUAUCCGAUCUUUCGUAUCUUUAGCUAGCUGUGACGGUAAACGGUUCGGCUCCGUCGAUGAUCGAUUAGUGGUCAUGUACGAAUGAUCUGAAUCAGAGUAUAAAUUCGUUUCGUGUACUAACAUCAUGUAGUUUUGUUUUUGUUUGUUUUUUUUGGAUUAUCUCAAGUACAGCUCUGAUGAUGACAUAGAAUUUGCGCGUAUGCGUCGGUGUUUAUCCAGCGGAAAAGACGAUACUCGUCCAUCUCCUCACGAGUUUCUUGUAUAAAAUACCAUUAGGCAGUCAUAGUUUAUUAUUAUUAUUAUUAUUAUUAUUAUUAUUAUAAUUUUUUUUUUAAAACUCCAGAAGCAAAAGGACGGACGGCGAAGACGUUUCUUUCCUGCACUUUAGAUAGACGCAACGCAAAGAAAUCUGUCGAGCACUUAAUUCUGGAUGCCUUUUGACAAAAAUAUCUCUCUCGUAUUGACUUGAACGUUAACUAGCUUCCGCAGGAUGCUAGUUUCCAACUCGUGUGGCAUAAGAUUUUUUUUUUUUUAAGUAUCUCCUACUACGGCUUCACGUUAUUUUGUCAAAUCAAAAUUUGCUGAUUUUUUUUUUUUUUUUUUUUCUUUCUUUCUUUCUUUCUUUCCGUCCAGAAUGUCGCUAAAAUUUUGUAAAGAGAUUUGAGUAUUUUGAUGCUUGCUUAAACUUAUCGAUACUACAUAGAUUGUACCAUAAAGUCGCCUAUUUAUUAUAUUGUCUAUGACAGUGGAAUGGUAUUUUAUAACGUUUUUGGUUUUAAAGGCACGCUUUUUACGGCGAACCCUUCUUUUCCGGUCUCGGCACUCGCCUCGCCGUGUCUUUUUGUACUCUUUUUGGAAUCUUUUUGUAAUUCUGCUUUAUUUGUAGUCAUCUGCGUAAAAAUAUAUCUAAAAAAAAAAUAAUAAAAAUUGCAAAAAAAAAAAAAAUCUAAUAAAAA